AUGUCCGACAAACUGAAAGAUUCAGUGGCUGCUGAGGCUAAAAGGACCCAGCAUGCUGCCCAGGAUGUGAUCAAAUCGGGCGCAUAUCUCUAUCCAUUCAAGGUAACCAAACACUCGCCAAUUUUAAUGCAUAUUGCCGCAUCUCACGAGUCAAACCAGGGGAUUAUCUACUUUGUGGCACAUAAGGACCUUUGGGGCCCUUUUAUAUCCCGUGCGGGGCGCACCAUCACCCUGGGCCUUAGUGUUACCACCGCCAUGUUCUUCUUCACAUAUGUGCCACAGAUGGCCAUCAUGACCUUCACAAGUGGCCCCUUGGCAGCUAUAUCGGCGGCUUUGUUGGUUCUUACUGAGAGCUCAACGAUCACAAAUCUUCUCUCUCGUUCAUUCCUCGUUGAGGACGCUCUCAUAGAUACCUUUGACAGUACUCUUAUUCUUCGUGACCAGGAGCCCCUUGUUGCGCAGGGUCGCGAGGUCAAACCCCGAUCGGGCGGAAGAGACGCCGUAGCAAGACUGGGGAAGAUGUUUUCUCGGCCUUUCUCAAGAAUGAAACCUCAGGCACUAUUACGAUCGUUGAUCUAUUUGCCGUUGAAUCUGAUUCCAGUGGUCGGGACAGUGCUAUAUAUUACGAUGCAAGGUAAGAAAAUGGGACCAACGCUACAUGCCCGCUAUUUCCAACUCAAGGGUUGGAACACUCGGCAAAGAGACGAAUGGGUUGCGAAAAAUAGAGGUGCAUACACUGGCCUCGGCAUUGCAUCCUUCGUACUGGAAAUGGUUCCAUUUGCAUCUAUGGCUCUUUCAUUUACAAAUGUCGUUGGGGCCGCGUUGUGGGCAGCGGAUUUGGAGAAAGCCACGCAGUAA